CAUUCCAAAAGGAACCUUAAUAAAUGAGGAAGUGAAGAUAGACCCUGAACCCCUCCCCGGGCGGAGAAAGUUAACCGUUGCCUCCUGGGGGCCUGAUCAGUCAAAGGUUACUCGACGCGCGUAGAGAGGUGGACAGUGGCGGCGCUCCAGUGCGCCUCCAGAUCUGUCGAUCGGAUCUCGACGUCGGAGUCAGUCAGUAGAGAGGGGGUCGCCCGCGGCCACGCAUCGAGAGCGUUGCUCCCCAUUCGGGCAGUCGUGGCCCACAUGUCCCAAGGUUAUCGCCGCUAGACGACAGCAAGCUGCUCCAAGAUGAGUCAAGAGAAGACGUCGGAAGCGAAUGGACCCGUUCACAUAAGGGAUCGUGUGGUCAGAGUACACUGAGAAUAGUUUCUAGAGUGUAGUGCACUUGGUGAUGUUAACGCAUACGAACAGCCUCCAAUUAACCUCUGAUUUUCACUGUUAAAUAGCCUACUAUCUCAAACAACACGUUCCUGAAGAAAUGGCGGAUCCGAUGUGUUCAUCAACGAGUCCACAAGUUCUCCAAUUUGAAGACAUUACGUCAGCUGCCUUCAAAAUUAAAUCUGGGAUUAUGGUUACACCAUGUAUAAGAUCACAUCUUUCCCACCUAACUGGAAUGGAAAUAUUUCUUAAAAAAGACUUUCUGCAAUAUACAGGAAGUUUCAAGGAAAGAGGAGCUCGGUAUGCACUGAUCAUGUUACCAGACGAGCAAAAACGAAAAGGAGUGAUAUCUGCCUCCCUGGGUAAUCACGCUUUGGCAUUAUGCUAUCACGGAAAGGAUCUUGGAAUUCCAGUAACCGUUGUAAUGCCAAUAGUAGCACCCAUAAUGAAGAUUCAAUCGUGUCGCCAGCAUGGAGCGGAUGUAGUAGUAAAGGGAAAAGACAUGGGAGAAGCGAAGCGGUGGGCUAUGCAGUUGGGCAGAGAAAGAGGUCUCACUUAUAUUAACGGAUACGACCACCCUCAUAUAAUGGCUGGACAAGGAACAAUUGGUCUCGAAAUAGUGGAGCAAGUGCCAGAUAUAGAUGCCGUCGUCAUACCUGUUGGCGGGGGAGGUCUGAUUGCGGGCGUGGCGCUAGCAGUUAAAACUCUCUACCCACAAAUCAAAGUGAUUGGCGUCGAAUCAGAACGAUGUGCGAGUUUCACCAACGCGGUGAAAGCUAACAAGCCUGUGUAUACUCCCAUUGAAUCGACUCUGGCUGAUGGAUUAGCUGUUCCUACAGUGGGAUAUAAUGCCUUUGCUACAGCAGCACCUCUCAUCGACAAACUGAUUGUGGUGAAAGAAGAAUGGAUAGCAAUCGCCAUUCUUCGCCUAGUGGAACUGGAGAAAUGUGUGGUCGAAGGAGCAGGUGCUUCUGGGUUAGCUGCGAUCCUAGCUGGACAUCUGAAUGAAAUGAGGGGCAAGAGGGUGGUUCUCCUCUUGUGUGGUGGAAAUAUAGACACCACAAUUUUGGGUCGAUGUCUUGAACGUGGGUUAGCUGCAGACGGGCGUCUCAUGAAAUUCAAAGUAACAGUCAGCGACCGUCCAGGAGGUAUCGCAGAACUCUGCCGUCUGAUGUCUUCCAUUGGGGUAUCCAUCAAGGAUAUCGUUCACGAACGUGCUUGGAUAAAAUCAGAUAUAUUCAGCGUGGAGGUGAAAGUUGUCUGCGAAACCAGAGACAUGGAACAUGCCCUCCUUCUGAAAGAAAAACUUCACCAGAAUUAUCAACAUGUACUCUUUGGAGAAAUGCCUAGCCUGGAAGAAUCACCCUUAACUGAUGAACCUGGUCACGACUGUUCAGAACAAAAGUCAAAUUCAUCUACAGAAUGAGUAAUAAAAUAAUUAAUGCAUUUUCGCAUUGGAGCACUAUUCAAUUUCAUUCUUAUUUGAUCUCAUAUUGAAGACCUGAGAUUAUUUUUCAGAUUUGAGUGUGUAGUUAAGAAGUAUUGGAAGAGAACUAUGUUCUCUUUGAAAUAUAUUUGAAUAUAUAGCUUUAAUUAAAUGAACAUAUAUUAAUACUAAAAAUGUAUCGAAACCAGUUAUCCGUCAGAUAGCUCAAUAGUCAAGCAUUCAAUUUUUUCCUUCUGCACUGGCAGUCAACCUUUUUGUACUGGUAGCAAAUGAAAUUUUUAUUUUGUACUUCACAGAAAUAAAUGGUAUUUAUACGAUAUAUGAAAAUA